AUGCUCUACGGCAUCUCGGGAACCGAUACUCCUCCUGGAGCCUAUCUCGACCGACUUGACAUCAACUACAUUUCCAGCGGAGGUGCUCAGACGCCCACGUCUGGCUGGGGACACAGCGUCGAUGCUUACAAGGCCAGAUUUGCCACUGUUGUGCAGGAUGCCAAGCGCAUCCACGCCCGUGGCGGUGUCCAGGUCAUCAAGAUCUCGGAUCUGUGGGGUGCAGAUGCUACUCAGCCCCCCAACUUUCCCUAUCCGGGUGACAAUGGAGAUUGGAGCUCGUACGAUCGUUUCAUACAGCAGCUCAUCUCGGACGUCAAGUCGAGCGGCGUGGCCAUCAAUGAAUGCACACAACUCGAACCGUACAACGAGCCGGACCUUCCCAACCUCUUCUGGCGUCGGAGUCAGGAACAGUACCUGCAAAUGUGGCUUCGAGGAACGCGUGCGCUGCGAGCCGCUUUCCCCAAGGGCAGUCGAACAUUCCUUCCCAUCGUAGGACCGAGCGCUGCCAUGCUACCUGGCCCUUCUAACAUGUGGUGGAAGAAUUUCCUGUCGACGUUGCGGGACAACAGAGACACCGAGCCAGACAUUUGGAACUUCCAUCUGGAGGGAGGCGACAGCAACGAUCCGGUUGCUGCCACCAAAUUGUUCAAGCAAGCCUUCGCCGAGUACGGCCUCACGGGGGGGAUUGGCUUCGAGAACAACGAGUACGGCUCGCGUGAGCAGCAGCGGCCCGGCUUCGGCGCAUGGCAUGCAGCUCGGUACGAAAAGGUAAAGUACCAUGGUCUGCGCGGCAACUGGGUCGGAGGUGCUCUGCUCCGUGACAAUCUGGCCGAUCUGUUGUUCAAGGAUGCGGGCGGCAAGUAUCACACUACGGGCGAGUUCCAAGAAUGGGCGACGUACGUCAGACUCAGUGGCUCUCCGUGCAACACCACCGAGGGAACCUCGGUCGACACGUACGGCAUCGCCACACCUGCGAACAAGACGGCAUCUGCGCUUGUCGGCAACCAAGGCUUUAAUGGAACUGUCAACGUCGUGUUCAGCAGCAUUACGAGCCUGGGAUCCAGCAUCAAUAUGGUCAUGGCCGUCGUUUAUCGUAUCCCAUACGACGAUGGCCGCGAAGUCACUGGUCUGACGCAGGUAUUAUCGAUGACUAUCCGUGUGAGCCAAGACCAGGUCACCGUGCCGAUUCAACAGACCAAUGCCGACGAUGCUUACCUUGUGACCAUCCUCGCAGCUUAG